AUGACCUUCGUCGUGGACGUUUUAGUCCUUGGGUCCGAAGCCUUCACGACGAUCCUCGACGUCCCUUCUUCUUCUACUCCCGAAGAAGAAGAACUACAUGACGACGACGACCCAAUGCCAAAUUUCCAACCCGACCCGGACCCGGACCCCAUCCUUCCAACGUACCCCUUCCCCACACCCACCUCUCUCCAAUCCAUCCUCGAAUCCCCCAACAUCGUCAAGGGUUUUUUCGACGUUCGAAACGAUUCGAUGCUUUAUACAACAUUUACAACAUUCCAUGUCCAACGUUUCGGAUAUUCAAAUAUUGGAAAUCGCGACGAGGAAAGGGAGGAAAAGAUUAGGGAUGGAGGGUUGGAGAAGGAGGCUUUGAAUGGGUGGUUGGCUGUUAAGGAGGUUGGGAAGAAGUAUUUUAAGGCAUCGGAGGGGAAGAGUGGUGGUGGUGGUGGUGCGGAGGAGAGGGAGAAUCGGGGAGAGACGAGCAGGAAGAGAAUCGAAGAGGGGGAUGGGGGAACGGAAAAGAAGGUCGUUGUUAUGACUGGGACGGAGAGGCCUGGGACUCUUGAGCAACCAACGAUACGGCGGCGGCGGCGGCGACGACGACGUCGGAAGAUGAUGCUACCGACCUACAAGUGGGGAGCACCAAGAGUAUUCUAUCAACGACGUGAUCCAUCUACCUAGACUUUGGGCCAUAUACGACGCGAGGCUUAAUACAAAAUGGCGUGCUAAAACGGAGAACGAAGCUGUUUGGAGGUUACAACUUGCAAAGCAAGAUGUGUAUUAUGGGAAAGGUGGGCAUAUGGCGCUCAGCCCCUUCUGAAUCUUGGGUGUAUAUUCAAGGACAAAGAAGACACGAUAAGAACUGA